UAACUUUUUUAUUUUAUUUUUAUUUUUAAUUUGCAAGAUAUGGUGUUGAUGACUAUCAGUCUGCAAAUGUAACUCUAAAAAAAAUAAAAAUAAAAAAAUUUCGUAGACACUCCAUGGCAAGUUAUGACCAUAUCUUUCAUAAUAAUGGAGUUUUCACAUGUGUACAAUUGUCUAUUUUCUGCAACUAAUAUUGUUGACUUUAUCUUCCCAGCUUAAACCUUUAUUGGAUGAUAUAGGCUAAGACUACUCCAGAAGAUCAGCAGUCUAGCCCAGUCGCUUCCUCAGACUCAAGUUUCUUAUCCGGUUGAAGGAUUUUUGUAAUCGUUUUCCCCAAAACAUCGAGCUUACCUCAUGACAGUUCAAUCUUCUCAUGAACCUUCGUAUUUGUAACAGCAACUCGAUAUUUUGGAUUUUGGAAUCAAUUUCAUAAAAGGAAAUUACUUUUUUUUAUGGAAAAUUGAAAUAUUCGAUUAUAUGCAAAAUUUGUUCUUAUUUGACUUUUCAACUUCUUUCUUCUGGUUUUUUUUAGGGGUGGAAGACGAGGUGACUAUUUAUGUUGUUAGGACAGCUGAGCAUGUGAUAGAGAAAGCUGAAAAUUUGAAGGUAGUGGCUGGCAGAGUAAUGAUCCUGGAAAACUCAGUAUUGUCAUCGAACAACAAGAUCGUCGCUUUGCAACUUCUUCUUCAUCUCCUUCAGUCUCUAUACUCAACAUGGAUGGAAGCAGCGAACUUGAGAGGGCCAACAUACCAAAGGUUCCGGAGAUACUUCGCAGUGCGGAAUCAAAUUUGAAGGGUUGCUUUGACCCUAUCGUGGUCUCCAUUGGACCUUAUCAUCAUGGGAAACUUAAUCUCCAGGAGUUUGAGAAGUCCAAGAUUAAAACCGCAAAGGAAUUUGUGGCAAAAAUUGAAGGACAACUGAUUCAUGCUGUGUACGAUAAAGUCAAUGGGGUGGCCUCUGAAGCAAGUAAAUACUACGACUACGGUAUCAAAUCCGAUGAAGACAUGAAGAAAUUCACCAGAAUGAUGUUCCUUCAUGCUUGUGACGCUUGGCCUAGAAAGGGGCCCCCACAUGGGGAUGAAAAGAACUUAUAUCCAGCGGGACUUGUUCCUGCUGGAGAACCAACUCCCUUACAUUGUCCUGGAGGCAUUGAUCGAUGAGCAUGAGGUUUGAGGGCGAUGGGGAAAGAAGAUGAUCGACGAGUUCUGACUCACUCUGUUCCCACUGAACCAACAUCAUCGUCAUCAUCAUGUUUGAAUCGUAACUUCUUGUGUUUUGGAAGCAAACGGUGGGCAACGUCGCCCAAACCUGGAGAUAUAUUAGUACCAUCAAGAUGUUCAUCAUCUUCGAUCUUCAGCUAAUAAGAGAACAUAUGGUUAAUCCAGCUGAACAUAUUUACCGAACUUGGUUUUACAACUCGCUUCUUGCUGUUCGGAGAGUUGACACUUGCUCCAUUAAUCGUUGACGACUCCACAAAAAUCUAUGCUUCUAAACAUGGUGGCCUGGGAAAUGAGAUCUGCAAAAAGCUUAGAUAAAGUUAACAUCUUGUAUAUGGUUGAUGAGCUCACUGCUGCGUCACCUUGAAGAUGUCAAGAUACUCAUAACAUACUCUUUGAUCAUCUAGGCAACGAACAACAGGUAGUGGAUCUGUUUCACCCCUUGUGUCCAAAAACUUGAUUCCAAGGUACCCUCAUUCUUAUAUUAGAGUUUAUGCCGGGAUUUCAAAGCAUCUAGGGAACAAGGUCAAGUUACUCAUCGCAGAAUGGCUUCACGCCCAUUUUAGUACCUCCUGGACUGUUCUUGCUUUCCUUGGUGCAGUUUUUGCCAUCGCUCUUACUCUCAUUCAGACCUAUUUCGCAGCCAACCCACCCAAAUAUAUAUAUAUAUAUAUAUAUAUUAAUGAAUGCCUUAUAUACGUUUGCAAGCUUCAUUCAUCUGAAUAUAUAUAUAUAUAUAUAUAUAUAAUCUUCGUUAAUUUUAUGUUCCCUACAGCAGUGCAAUUGACGAACUUUGCCU